AUGGCUUCAGCAGAUACUGCAACGCACGCCGGCACGACAGUCGUGCCUACUUUGAGUAAUAAGAUUCCCAAGCUAGAACCCCGCCGACGUCGACCAACUCCCUCCAAUCCAACACCACGUCCCGAAACGCCCGCUCUGCCCGCACCACUAGGCCUCGAUGACCACGAAUACAAGACUCCCUCGCGACGGAUCCUUUCCCAGAAAGACCACGAGCUGUUCCUGUCGUCUCCGACAUACACGCUGGUUCUAGCUUUCGUCUUUGGCCUCUCCGAGUCCGUCGAAGAUACACCUCGCUCUGCCGUUAAAGAUAGCGAACUCGCCCCUACGCUACGGUCGAUCCUCGGCAUACUCGACGAAGUAGAUGGAUUUGUGAAAGAGGCUCCCCCCGACGAUCAAGAGGGCUCACGCUUUGGAAACAAAGCCUUCCGGACGUUCCUGGACCUGGUGAAAGAGAAGGCAGCGGCUUGGCAGACGGGAUUAGGCGUCGGCGAGGCCGCAAACACUGAGGUCUUGGUCUAUCUGGAGCAUUCCUUUGGAAACAGGCAACGUAUAGACUAUGGUUCAGGGCAUGAGCUUAACUUCAUCAUGUGGCUCCUAUGCCUUUACCAACUUCGAAUCAUCACCAAGGGCGACUUCCGACCAUUGGUCCUCAGGGUUUUUGAGCGGUACCUGCAGGUCAUGCGUAACGUCCAGUUGACGUACUAUCUGGAACCCGCUGGCUCACACGGUGUAUGGGGCUUGGAUGACUACCAGUUUCUUCCAUUUCUAUUUGGCGCCUCGCAGCUUCUGCACCAUCCAUUCAUCACACCAUUGGCGAUCCACCAAGACCUCACACUGGAGGAGUUUAGUCAAGAUUACCUUUACCUUGGCCAGGUCAACUUCGUCAACGAUACGAAAACGGUCAAGGGUCUACGAUGGCACAGCCCCAUGCUGGACGAUAUCUCAGCUUCCAAGUCAUGGACCAAGGUGGAGGGUGGUAUGCGCCGAAUGUUCGUCGCCGAGGUUUUGAGGAAACUGCCGGUCAUGCAACACUUCUUGUUCGGUUCACUUAUUCCAGCAGUAGAUGGGAUGAGCACAGAGCAGGACUUUGAGCUAGGCGACGAAGAGCAUGAAGAGGAAAGCGGCGAGAUUAACCCGGGGAAUGUGAGCAAGCAUAAGCAUCAACAUGUCGGAUGGGGUGAUUGCUGCGGCAUCAAGGUCCCUAGCAGUGUCGCCGCUGCUCAAGAGAUGAGGAAGAGAGGGGCCCGCGAUAAUCUGCGGCGAAUACCCUUUGACUAG